AUGAAAAAAAUGCUGCGACUUAUUGUAACUCUCAGCAUUUUCGCCGCGAUUUUCGUGGAUUCGACGAAAAUCAAAGUGGAUCAUGAAUUCGAGUGUCGUAUGCCGAGAAUAAAAUGGAGUUUCCGAAACUACUACUACGAGCGCUAUUAUUUGAGGUUAGUGUUUAUUCAGAAGGCAGAAACCCUGAAGGCAGAAACCCUGAAGGCAGAAACCCUGAAAACCCUGACCCUGAUCAGAUAUCCGAACCUUCCGACCAGCUCCUGAUCACCUUCAACAUCCCAUUUCCAGCCCAAACAUCGAACUUGGCGACGGGCCAAUAAUGACUCUUUGGAAUGUGUACCGUCGUCCAACAACCUCCGAUUACGUGGAUGAAUUCGAAUUGUCAGCCGGUAAUCUACUUUUGAAUAACUUCUACGAGAUUUACAUGGAUGUUGUGCACAAUUGCACAUCAAAUGGUAAAUUCAUCAGAGCUCAGAUUCAUUUGGGAAAUGUGCCAAAAGGUCAAGAAUCUACUAUGACUUUUGAAGGUCGUUAUGUCAUGGAUGAUCGAUUGUCGUAA